AUGGACCCAAACAACAAGUUCGAAGUACUAUCAAAGGAUCUCGAUGGCCUGAACAUAAAUGAGAGUUUACGUUCGCGCAUUGAAAGGCUAUCUGAGCUCCCUAUCGACCAGGUUUUUGAACUCAAAAUUUGGGUGGAAUCAGAAUUGAGCAGAUUAUUCGAUUUUCUCAAGCAACAAGGUGGUGAUAUGGAGUCACCACUUGUAACUGGUGAUGGGUAUCCACGCUCGGAUAUUGAUGUACUACAGAUCAGGUUGAUUAGAAGGAGUAUCAAUAUGCUAAGAAACGAUCUAAAGUCAAUUAUCAUACGCGCAGAGGCUCUCAUGGCAACGCAGUUUGAGCGUAUGGCUGCCAAAACUCAGAAAACAGAACGCGACGAUGAGUUCGAAUACAAAAUCCCAUUCGCAGUCAUAACAGAAGUCGUCACAACUAGUCCGUCCGAGAAAGCUGGACUCCAUGCCGAUGAUCGAAUUUUAAGGUUUGGCCACGUACAUGCCGGAAAUCACAAGUCGCUUUCUGCACUUGGCCUAGUUGUGCAAAGCAACGAAGAUAAGCCAGUACCAGUUAAAAUACAGAGAAACGAUAGGAUUUACGACGUUAUGCUUACACCUUCCCGUAAAUGGGAUGGUCCUGGAUUACUUGGAUGUAGAUUUUCACAGCUUUAA